GGGAGCAAGAGCAAGGGAUUGUAGGCAGAGAGAGAGAGAGAGAGAGAGAGAGAGAGAGAGAGAGAGAGAGAGAGAGAUGUGAGUUGAUGAGCUCGUGCAGAAUCGCGCUCUCACCUGGGAUUUGUGACGCUGGUGCUGUGUGCUGUUAAUGGAGAUGUUUGCUGUUAUUGUUCCUCUCAAAUCAACAGGGUGGCCCUGCUCUCUGUCUCUGUCUCCGACGGUCUUUUCUUUCCUCUUCCAGUGGCGGAGAAGCAGCUGAUGGACACAGUGGACUUUCUCCUCCUCUCCCUGUGAAAGGAUUUUAAAGGCCAACAUCUGAACAACACAUGCAGCCUACAGCAGAGGGACUGGACCAGCCAGAGCCUGCUGUGUGCUCCGGCUCAGACGGAGGAAGCAGCCGAGACAAGAGGACAAGAAGCGGCUGAUGGAGAGGAGCAGCUCGGUGCUGUGGAGGUCACAACAAAGAGGAAGAGGGGAGAAAUGAACCACGUUUCACACCUUUUAUGCAAGAUUAGCAAACGAGCUUUAACAAAAAUUUUAUAACCUGACCUUUUUUUUCCCACGGAAUGUAAACAAAUAACUUCCGGCUGAGUUAUUGAACUGAUCUUUCAAAGACAAAUAAAAAUAGGAAAGUGCAAAUGGAUGAGGAGGAGUUAUCAGCUGCAACAAAUGAACCCAUGAAACCAACACAUGCUGACUGUCAUCUCAAUAGACGUGUCUGAGACAAGGGAUGACUUUUUGGUGCUUCGUCAAUGGAUUCACCUUUUAGCACAGCCCUCCGGGGCAGCAGUGGCAGCAACUACACAGCUGACACCUCAGGUCCAAGCUUCACCAGCCAGCUGGGCACUACCUCACCUGUGGUACCAAGGGUUGUUUCCAUAGUGACCAGCCUGGUGAGCGCCACCACAGAGUCCACAGUGGGAAACACAGCGAACCUGUCUGGAGGCAGCCAGGUGAGUCCGCUCCAGGAGGCGUCCACGCCGUCGGUGCUGAGCGCCGCUGAGAGUAACUCUGUCCUGCAGGGCAUCACCGUGGCAACCCAGGCCCUGCUCCUCCUCUCCAUCUUCCUCCUCUCCAGCCUGGGGAACUCAGCAGUAGUGGUGGUCAUCAUCAAACACAGGCAGCUCCGGACGGUGACCAACGCUUUCAUCAUGUCGCUGUCGCUGUCUGACUUCCUCACAGCUGUUCUCUGUCUGCCCUUCUCCUUCGUCAUGCUCUUCAGUAAGGACGGGAUCUGGAUGUUCGGGGAUCGUUUCUGUGUGGCCAACGGUUUCUUCAACACCUGCUUCGGUAUCAUCUCCACCCUGACGAUGACUCUGAUCUCCUUCGACAGGUACUACGCUAUCGUCAGACAGCCACAGGCUAAGAUAGGGCGCCAAAAAGCCACUCAGCUGUUGGUAGCUGUGUGGUUAACUGCAGUGGUUUUCUCUCUGCCGUGGUAUCUGUUAGUCCCAACACCUACAGAAAUACAUAAGCGAGGUUUCUACCACUGUAUGUAUGUUUUCCACUCUGGGACCUCGCGCAUGGGGACUGCUUACAGCAUCUGCCUGAUUGUUGUGUGUUAUCUACUGCCCUUCUCCCUUAUGUGUUUUUGUCAUUAUAACAUCUGUAAGACAGUCCGUCUUUCUGAAAUCCGAGUCAGGCCAGUGACCACGUACGCAUACCUGCUGCGAUUUUACAGUGAAAUGCGAACAGCCACCACAGUUCUGAUUAUGAUCGUUUUCAUCAUUUUUUGUUGGGGGCCAUAUUGUUUAAUGGGGUUGAUUACAGCACUUGGGGACUAUACGUUCAAUCCUGCCAUGGACACAGUGGCUAUCUGGCUAGCCUGGGCUAACGGAGCCAUCAACCCUCUAAUCUACGCCCUGAGGAACCCCAAUAUAUCCAUGCUGCUGGGGCGGAGCAGGGAGGAAGGCUAUCGGACCAGAAAUAUUGCCGCGUAUCUCUCCAGCCAAACCCAAAGCCGAGAGAUUCGGCUGAACCAGUCAGAGAGGAUAAGGGACCGCUAUGUGAGUCGUGUAGGAGUGAAUCAUAACCGACUGUCAAGUUCAAGUCCUGGAAAAGGAGGAGGGGGAGGGGAGGUGGCCAUGUGGGCCUGUAAGAACCCUGCUGUGUUCUUCUGCAGAGACGCUCAGCCGGACACUGCAACACUGCCCAACUCUGUCAGUGGUCCAAAGAUGAAAACAGCUGACACCAGCCUGUGAAACUCUGAAAGAACAGUUGUUUUCAUCUGACCUGUAUUUGUUGUUGUAGUUCUAGGGACUACUAUCAUCACAUUGGGACAUUUUUGGAAAUACCAGAUAGUAUGAACACUAAAAAAUGUUUACGAAUCAAAUCACAGUUUGUUCCAGGAUUCAAAAGGAUCGUUUGAGCUGGCCAUAUUCUACUUCUUCAAUUACAGAACUGUUUGAAACUUGAUUUAAGCAGCUGUUGUACAAUACAUAGGAGUUUUGAAGGACACCCUCAAGUCCUCGCAAGCAUCCACAGGACCACCUGAAGGAAUCCCUCAGAGAUUGAGCAUUGACGGGUUGCAAAACCUUUCUGUCAAAGACCAUGACGUGUUUGUGUUGCAAAGGUCUUUCUCUCAUUUCAUGUGUAAAGCAGCAUGUGAAUAUGGAAAACUGAUCAAGGAUUGAGCAUUUCUUUAAUCAUAAACCUUCCAUGCUUAUAACAUAAAUGUACUGUACAGGUCAUUUUCAGAAAAAUAACACAAUCACUCAUUUGUUUAAAUGUUUAAAAUGUUCCAGAGUUCCAAAAGUUCCUCCCUCAGAAGUAAAGGCCUCACACCAGAAACUUCAACCACACACUGGAAAAAAGUGAUGCUAUAAGCUUGGUGACUCCUCGCUGUCAAACUACUGUAGCUGGUGAGCUCACUACACUGUAAAAAAUGUUUGUAGAAAUUUCAGUAAAACACUGCCAAAUUACAUCAGAAAUAGGGCGUAAAAUAAAAAAUUGUAUAUCACCGUAAUAGACACUUUAAAUUACCGUAAAUCAAAGAAUAACACAAAACUUUUACUUUUUUCUGCCAUAAACUGUAGGAAACACACAGUUUUGCUGUAAAAAUAUAACAUUUCCAUGUGAAAUUAAUGGAGAGAUACCAUGAUGUGUGAAUGAAUUACACAAUUACCCUAAAAAUAACAGGAAUAUCCAGUCUAAAUUACAGUUUUUGCUGAUAUUUGAAUUGAAAUUUAGAGUAGAAAACCCACUCACUGUAUUUUUUACGGUGAAUUUCUGGCAACCACAGCUGCCGGUAUUUUAAAUUAAACAGAUUAUUUUUUACAGUGUAAGACCACCAGGUUGCAUCAGAUCUUCAAAGUGCCAGAUCAGCUAGCCAGAUAGUAGAGCUAACAAAAUAUAUUCAAGAGACAUAUUUGCACCAUCAACCACUGUCUCAAAAUCAUCUGCAAACUGUGCCUCCUUUAACCCUUUAUCGGGCAAAGAACUACAUUUGGUAACUUCAGUGGAUAUCAGUGCGGGGCUAAUAUUUCGAGAAAAAAGCUGCAAAUUUACUAGAAUCAAGUGGAAAAUCUACAAGAAAAAAAGUCGCACAUUUAAGAGAUUUAAAGUGGCAAAUCUGUGCGAAAAAAGUUGCAUUACAAGAAAAAAGUAGGAAAAAAAGCAACUUUUUUCUCGCAGAUGGAAUUGCAAUUCCAUGGAAAUUAAUUGAUUUGCUUUGAAAUGUGGCUGUUUUAAAUGCUGGUAAAACCAGGCCAGUAGGGAGGUGGUUAUAGCUUAUUUCCUUGAACUUAAACAAGUAGUUUGAUUUAACCAAACCUUUGAAAUUGCAGAUCAGAAGCUGAAUAUGGACAGCCAUAACUGGGAUGUUUAGAAAGGCACCAAAAAAACAACUUAUUUUGUUGUUCAGAUAUGAGGACUUUUUUCCAUUUGCAUUUGGUUUUUGCAUUUCCCUCAUUCAAACUGUAAUCCUGUUGUGGAAUUAUUUGUUAUGACAUUACUCUGUAUUGCAUUAAUGUUUAUAAAUCUGAGAUAAGGUUUUAGCUUGAAUGUGUCAGCACUGCAAAAAAGUUGUGUCUAAAAACAAGAUAAAACAGUAAAUCUGAGGGAAAUGAUCUUGCUGCAGGGACAGAUAAUUUACCUUGACAAGAUUUCUUAAAUUCAGAUUAUUAAAUCUAGAAAUAAGCAUGUUGAACGCUUAAAAUAAGAUAAAUUAAAGCUGCAAGCAGUGAUGAACUGGCCCAUGCAGAGUGACCUGAGGAUUAUUUGUUUCUUAGCAAGAUUUUAAAAAAAUUUAAGAUUUAGAAGUGUUGGAUAAUUUAUCUUGUUUUAAGAGUUAAUUUCUAAUUUUAAGUGUUCAA